AUGUCGGUAGCGGAGAUCUCAAAAUCUACUACAGAAGCUGGGGUUAGGAGAUGCUGCGUUAAAUGCGGUGAACCCUUUUGCAUCAACUGUAAAGUUCCGUGGCAUAGUAAUAUGUUGUGCGACCAUUACAAGAGGUUGCAUCCAAAUCCUACAGAAAACGAUGGAAAGCUAAAAGCUCUAGCAGACGAGAAAAUGUGGCGUCAAUGUGGAAAGUGUCACCACAUGAUUGAACUUUCUCAAGGCUGCAUCAGCAUAAAGUGCAGAUGUGGGCAUGAAUUUUGCUACGAGUGUGGAGCCGACGCUGGAGGUUGCCCUCAUGGAAAUGGCGAAUUAAUAUGGAUUCAACGGCCGCCACCAAUUAGAGAUAUCAUAUGUAAUCCUACCACCGGACAGACCAUAUCUUCACCAAGGCUAGUCGAAACAACACACCAAGCCAACUCAGGACACGCAACACCGAAUCACUAUCAGGUAUUCACAUUGUACUACAUGGCGAGGACGGACACAAGAAUGAUGUGUCUGAUGAGAUUUGAUUUGAACUCUGAGAAGUUUGCUUGA